CCCGCCGAAAUUUCAAACCAGCCAAUCAGGGCGCAGGAUCGGCAAGGCGAACCGCGAUUGGCCGAGAAAGGAAGGGCGCGAAAGCAAACAGAAUGACUAUCACCAUAGACCACGCAGCUACCCACGUCGAAGAAAAGAUCUUCACGAACCCGAAAAUUGAAGGUGUGCCUUGCCAACUGGAAGUAGACACAGGAUCAGCAAUCACAAUUAUGUCCUGGGACACUUUUGUGAAAGCCUUGCCGCACAUCGCCAAGCGCAAGCUACAAAAACAACGGCUCCGGGUGCAAGAUUACCAAGGCAAUCGCAUCCCUGUUCGAGGGACAACGACCGUCUGGGUAGAGUACGGGCAGCACAAGAAGACCCUGCCCAUCACGUUAGUCGAGGGAACCUUGCCCAGCUUGCUGGGACUGGACUGGUUCCGGGCAUUGGGCAUGGGGGUGACUGGCAUCCACCGGAACGGAUGCGACCUGCAAAAUGCCCUAUUGGAGGAAUUCGCAGAGGUAUUCGAGGACCGCCUAGGCAAGUACAAGGGGACCCCUAUCUCCUUCAAUUUAGACCCCCAGGUAGCCCCCAUUCGGUUAAAGGCAAGGAGGGUUCCCUUUGCCCUCAAGCCAAAAAUUGAUAGGGAGAUAGAUAAAUUGGUCAAUCAGGGGAUACUGGUGCCAGUCGACCAUGCUAAGUGGGAAACGCCAAUCGUUACCCCCAUAAAGCCAGACGGGUCAAUCAGAAUUUGUGCAGACUACAAGGCUACCCUGAACAAAGCCUUACAAAAAAGCGCCUACCCAGUUCCCGUGGUGCAACACUUGUUGCACUCACUAGGGCACGGACAAGUUUUUGCCAAAUUAGAUUUGGCACAAGCCUACCAACAACUGCCCGUAGACACCAGCACAGCUGAAGCCCAAACCAUUGUAACGCACCGAGGUGCCUUUAAAUGCACUCGGUUACAGUUCGGGGUGAGUGUAGCCCCUGGGCUAUUCCAAAAUUUGAUGGAGCGACUCCUACAAGGGCUACCAGGAGUCGUGCCCUAUUUCGAUGACGUGUUAAUAUCGGGGGAAAACUUAAAAGAACUGGGAGAGCGGCUGAGGAAAGUUUUGGCCAUUUUUCGGUCAGCCGGCCUGAAAGUUAAAGCAAAAAAAUGCCAGAUUGGGGUCGAGUCUGUUGAGUUUUUGGGCUAUAGGAUAGACAAGAAGGGAAUUCACCCCACUGAGAGCAAAGUGAAAGCGAUAAAGAGAGCCCCAGCACCCAAAAACAAGACAGAGCUUCAGGCUUUCCUGGGUCUGGUAAACUUUUAUGCAGUAUUUCUAAGAAACAAGGCAACCGUUGCUGAACCGUUACACAAAUUGCUAGGAAAAAACACUGUUUGGUCUUGGGGAAAGCCAGAGAGCAGGGCAUUUGAGGCAGUCAAAGACUUGCUAUCAAGCGAAAGCCUGUUAAUCCAGUAUAAUAGCAGACUGCCUUUAGUAUUGGUCUGUGAUGCAUCUCCCUAUGGAGUAGGAGCUGUACUUAGCCACAGACUCCCAAACGGCACUGAAGCCCCUAUAGCGUUUUAUUCACGAACAAUGUCCCCGGCUGAGAGGAAUUACAGCCAGCUAGAUAGGGAGGCUCUCGCAAUAGUGUCAGGGGUGAAAAAAUUUCACGAAUACGUUUUUGGGCGAGAUUUCGAAAUUGUCACUGAUCACAGACCGCUAUUGGGGUUACUGGCUGGCGACCGCCCAACGCCAGUAGCACUCUCACCUAGACUGACCAGAUGGACUAUUUUUUUGGCCGCAUACUCCUACAAGCUGCAGCAUCGGCCUGGAAAGGAGCUGGGGCAUGCGGACGCAUUGAGCAGAUGCCCAUUGCCAGGGGAAAUCGAGGACCCCACCCCGGGCACACCCGUUCUACUGAUUGACUCUUUGGACUCGGGGCCAGUCACAUCGCAGGAAGUGGCUCGGGCCUCCUACCGGGACGUUGUUUUAAGGACUGUAAUAGGUUGGGUUCAAAGGGGAUGGCCCGCUGCACCGGGCGAACGUUUUAAGGAGUUUGUGAGGAAAAAAGGGGAAUUGUCCGUACAAGGGGGGUGCCUGCUCUGGGGGGAUAGGGUGGUAGUCCCAGAGAAACUGAGGAAAAAAGUUCUGGAACUCCUGCAUGAGGGUCACCCAGGAGUUGUGAGGAUGAAGGGUUUGGCUAGGAGCUAUGUCUGGUGGCCCCUAAUGGACAGGGAAAUCAGUGACAGGGUUGGCCGAUGCCAAGUGUGUCAGGAAUCCAGACCACUACCACCUACGGCCCCAGUUUUGGAGUGGGAGAAACCCCAAGGCCCUUGGUCCCGCAUACACAUUGAUUUUGCCGGCCCCUUCCACGGCCAAACAUUUCUAAUUGUGGUGGAUGCAUUCUCCAAAUGGCUGGAGAUCAUCCUAAUGAAAUCCACAACCACGGGAGCUGUCAUUUCAGCACUAAAACACCUUUUCGCCACGCACGGGCUACCGGACACCCUCGUGUCCGAUAACGGCCCACAGUUCACCGCAGCAUUAUUUGAAGGGUACCUGGCUGAAGAGGGCAUCCGACAUGCCCUCUCAGCGCCGUUCCACCCUGCGUCGAACGGCCUUGCUGAACGAUUUGUUCGGAGUGCGAAAGAAGCGCUAUCACGAAGCGGCCCCGGCGAUUGGCAGGCACAAAUCGACGCAUUCCUAACCGUCCAACACAGGACCCCCUGUGUGGCCACCGGCCGCAGCCCAGCCGAGCUAUUAAUGGGGCGGAAGCUACGGUGCCCGCUAGACCGGCUACACCCGAACUACGUACAGGACGGGUUCAAAACAAAACCAGAUAGAAUCCGAGAGUUAAACAUAGGAGACUCGGUGUGGGCACAUAAUUACAGCGACGGCCCUAACUGGAAGAGGGGGAUAGUCAUAGACAAAACGGGCCCCAAAUCUUAUCUAGUGGAACUAGACGAUGGCAGAGUCUGGAGGCGCCACAUAGAUCAAUUAAGAAACAGAUUGAGCGAUAAGGCAGAAUUAGGCGAGACCAGCCCUGACUAUGAUUUAAUUAACCCCACAGCUGACUGGAGCCGAGAACAAACAGAAAGCGUAAGCAAAGAACCAAACAGAGACUUAUCUGAGUCAGGCGAGGUCCAGCGACACCCUCCGGUCCCUCUAGAGGACAGCAGGUCCGAGCCGGCGAAUAAUCCAGGGCCGGAUGGCCGGGAGGAGGAGCUCAGAGGAACGAAAAGUCCCUCCGGCAGGCUCGACUCAACUCCAGAAAGUGAACUGCGCAGGUCCGGGAGAGUCAGGAGACGCCCCACGUACCUGCAGGACUACGUAGAGAAGUAAUAUGCAAAUAUUGGCAAAGUGCCUUCUGGGAGGGAAGGAGUGUAAUGUAUUACUGUAAGUUUUGGCGGGAGUUUUAGGCGGGAAAUAUCUCGUCUCUGAUUGGAUGCAGCCUCAGGCUGAAGUGUAUAUAAGGAGAGGUUUUUCUCCAGAGUUUUGCUGGGUCACCCGUUA